GUUGAUGACCCCGGCACAGUGUUUGGACAGACUGACUCUUAGGCAGUCAGACUGAAGAAAACAGGAGAAAGGGAAGAAGAAAGGACAGGGAGAAGAGGAUAAGGACACUUUGUGGAAGGACAUAUCGCCAUGACGACCGAAUAUCACGACAACACAGAAGAGGACUCAUUCUGGAGGACUGAGUCUCGCAAUGUCACCUUCUCAAAGGUCUCCAGGUCCAGGUCCUGGUUGUUUCCUGCCCUGACAGCUACGGUUAUUCUGGCUCUGGUCAUAGCACUUGGAGCUAUCAACACAACCACGUCUAACAGACUGUGGUCUUUGGAGACAAGUGUGUCCAACAUGACACACACCCUGAAUGCUGCACAGCAACUAUCUAAAGACGCAGGAAAAGACGUCCACCGGCUGAAGUUUGCUGUGGAGAACAACAAGGAUCAGCUGACCUCAGUGGCGGAGGCCUUGAAGCAGUUGGCGAGCCUGGACACUGUCAUCAGAUCAGUGCAGUCCUUGAAAUGUUCAGUGGAACGGCUCAUCAACAACAGUUCAGAUGUGGAUGGAUGUUGUCCUCUGGAGUGGGACACAUUUGGUGGCAGCUGUUAUUUUUACAGUAAGAUGUCAUUAACCUGGCACAGAGCCCGAGACUGGUGCAACUCCCACGACUCUCACCUGCUCAUUCUUAGCAGCGACAAGGAGUGGGACUAUGUGGUCCAACAUGCACAUGGGGGUUUCUACUGGAUUGGUUUGACCGAUGAGGAUGGGGAGUGGGAGUGGGUCAACAAAACACCCUAUGUCAUAGACCGCAGGCGGUGGAAACCAGGUCAACCUGACAGCUGGACCCACCAUGGUCUGGGCCCUGGUGACGAGGACUGUGCUCACCUUCACCACGAUGGGCGCCUCAACGACCUCCACUGCAACAGCAGAAUGAACUUCAUCUGUCAACGACACACAGGAAUUAAAAUCUGAUGGACUCAGUCCAGACCAGCUGACUGUGGAGCAGACACCAUUAAAGAUUCUGAACCCAGAGAAGAGAAGGAGGGAAUUCGGCUUUCUUUUUGUGAUGUCACUGCUUUUUAAAAUUACCCAAAAAUGAUUGUUUCUAAAAGUACAAGUAAAAGUUUAUUAACUUCAACAAAACACAGUUUAAACUUUGAUGUCAAAUCAAAUAAAUUUACAUAUUCAA